AUGUGUGAGGAGAAUGAGACGCAGGUCACUCAGAUACAUCUCCUUGGGUUUCGGAGUCUACACAAGUACAGGACUCUUCUCUUCAUUGUGUUUCUCCUGACUUAUAUAUUUAUACUGGGAGGAAACCUUCUUAUUAUCCUUUUAGUCUCCGUUAUUGAUCACCUCAAAACCCCAAUGUAUUUCUUUCUGAAACACUUAUCCAUAGCCGACGUCUUAAUAACCACAGAUAUCGUCCCCGUAAUGUUGAACAUGAUAUUUGCUGAGGAGGGUAUCUUGUCUCUUUGGGGAUGUAUUAUACAAUUGUACUUAUAUGGUAUAUUUGUAUUUUUUCAAUGCUCUCUCAUUACGGUCAUGUCCUAUGAUCAAUAUUUGGCCAUUUGCAACCCCUUACGUUAUUCUUCAUUGAUGAGUCCCGAUCUUUGCCUCCGGCUUGUGUUUGGGUUAUGGAUUUUAGUCAGCGUGUUAACAACAAGUGAAUUUCUUGUUAUCACUCAACUUACAUUCUGUGGCUUGAAUAACAUUGACCAUUUCUUCUGUGACUUAGGUCCCAUAGUGGAAAUAGCCACUUCAGACACUUCCAUUGUAAUGUUGCUAGACUUUGUUUUCACCACCUUUAUGAUCUUUUUCCCAUUUGUUUUUAUCAUUAUGACUUAUUUUUGUAUUUUCUUUUCCAUCCUUAAAAUAUCUUCAGCUUUUGGGAGAAGAAAAGCCUUCUCCACAUGUAGCUCCCACCUGAUCACAGUUUGCACAUAUUUUGGGACUCUUAUCACAGUCUACAUGACUCCAUCUGAUGAGAACACAUCCCAUAUCAACACAUACAGAUCUCUAUUGUACCUCGUGGUGACACCAUUGAUUAAUCCCAUCAUCUACAGCCUGAGGAACCAGGAGAUCAAGAGAGCCGUGCAAAAAAUUAUCAGUCAUAUCUUUUAA